UCACAAGAUGAAGAAUAUACUUUUAUUACUAAUUUUGUUCAACCUUAACUGCCUGCAAUGUCAAAAAAUGGAGUCCAUUGAAAGCACAGUUGUGAAAAGGCCUGGAGAAACUCUGACUCUGUCCUGUAGAGGAUCCGGAUUCAGCUUUGACUGCUGUAACAUGCACUGGAUCAGACAACAAGCUGGAAAACCACUUGUGUGGAUGGGUCUGGGCUACAGUUCUGGAAGUGGACAUAAGGCAGAUUCCUUUAAAGGGAGGCUUGAAAACAGCAGAGAUGAUUCAAAAAGCAUGAUGUUUCUGAAACUGUCUGGACUGACAGAAGAGGACACAGCUGUGUAUUACUGUGCAAGAGAAUCACAGUAACAUAUGUGGCAAUGGUACAAAAACUGGUGUAGACACUCAUAGUUUAAAACUGCAGUUCUCAUCUGUGUAAGACACUCUAUUCACAAUCAAGAUGCAUUUCUAAUCUUCCUUGUCACUUC